AUGGAGGCCGAGGUGCAGGCGCAGGAGUCGGGUGCAGGCCCUGAAGUUGGCUCUCCAGCCACAGAGGGGCCGUUUCCCGCUAGUCCCCUCAGUUUAACCCUUCCAAGCCCUGAAAAUUCAAAGAAAAAAUCUAAGGGCUCGUCGCGAAAGAACUCCUCGAAGAAACGCUCGAAAUCCUCCAAAAAACGAUGGGGUGCCUUGCUUGGUGCAGCGAUUUUUGGGAUUUUGCUCGCGAUCGUAGGUGGCUGGGGAAAGCUGAGGGGAGUUUCGACCACCGCCCCAAAACAGAAGCUCGCAUAUCCGGGAGCCUCUUUUCCUGAGGGCACUCCAGAUCCCAGCCAGAGCCCACAGUCUCCUGCCCAGGGACAAGGCGAGGAGAAGCCCCAGGAGCAGCAACCGUCACAGCCUCCUGCUCAACCGCCUCCGCCACCGCCUGAGCAGCAAGAGCACCCGCUGCAGUCUACGGAGGAGCCGCCCCCGUCACCGCCUCCCGAUGAAGAGUACCCGUCGGAGCCUCCAGAUCAACCACUCCCGCCCCCGCCCCCGCCUCCUGAUGAAGAGUACCCGUCGGAGCCUCCAGACCAACCCUCCCCGCCCCCGCCUCCUGAUGAAGAGUACCCGUCGGAGCCUCCAGAUCAACCACUCCCGUCACCACCUCCGACACCUGACG